GUGGUAGAGGCUUAUAAGCAAGGGCUCAGACCAGCCGUUGGCUAUGAGCUCAACCCUUGGCUCCUGUGGCUCUCCCCAGCUGGGUACCACGGGAAGGUUUCCUUCCUGAAGAAAGAUCUGUGGAAGGUGAAUCUUUCCGAUUGCUACAACGUGAUCGUGUUCCUGGCCCCCAGCGUGAAACCUCCUCUAGCCGCCAAGUUCCUUGCAGAACUCCCCGACGAAGCCCGGGUGGUGGCUGGACGCUUCCCCUUCCCCUCCUGGACCCCCACCAGCACCCUUGGGCAGGGGCUGGAGCAAGUCUGGGCCUAUGACAUGAAGGAGGUGCGGCGAGCGGCGCAGAGCAGCGCGGCGGGAAGCCCGGUCUAA